AUGGUGGCCCCCCUGGUGGGCAGUCUGCUGGGCGCUGUGACGAGCAACGUGGUGUCAGUGGUCAUCAAGCUUAUAGGUAAGCGCUAUGAUCUUUGGUCGGACUUCGAUAAUGACAUUGAAUCCAUCAGGAGAGACCUUCUCAUGAUCGCCGGAGAUGAGGAGGACCAGCUUUCGGAAGAGGUCGAUUUGAGUGCCGUGAUGGGCAAAUACCGGGAAGAGAUGCAUGAUCUGGCACUCGAAAUCGAGGACUUCCUCGAUCGGAUCCUGCGGCACGUUGUUGAAAAAAAUGGCAGCCCACUCCAUAAGGCCCUCGGAUUCACCACCGAGCCACUCUUAGAUGCCAAGGUAAAAAAACUCAAGGAGAGGCUGAAGGAUGCAAAACAGCGGAGAAGCGACCACGACAAGGACAUCAAUGGCCGCCAAAUCUCCCACUCCUCGACGCCCCCAGCGAACACAUACACAACAAAGAUCGAACCUGUGGGCAUCGACGAGUCCAAGCAAGAGAUUUGCGAGUGGGCGACCAAGGAUGUGGAGGGCGAGCCGGAGAAGCUGAGCGUGAUCUCCAUCGUCGGGUUCAGUGGAUCUGGAAAGUCCACGCUCGCGAAGGCAGUAUAUGAUUGCCCCGAUGUCACCCACAAAUUUCGUCACCGAUCCUGGAUUGUGGCGUCGAAGCACAGGUGUGAUGCCAAGGGACUCCUCAUGGAGUUACUUCAGAAGCUUGGCCAGGGAGACAAGAUCUCUGACUUAGACGUUGAACAGCUCCAGGCCAAGAUCUCAGAGUAUCUGAAGGGAACUAAGAGGUACCUUAUUGUACUUGAUGACAUCAAGACUCAAACAUGGUGGGACGGUAUCAAAUCUGCCUUCCCUGAAAAGGCAACAGGAAGAAUAAUUGUGACAACAACAAUUCAGAGAGUAGCUAAAGUGUGCAGCCGUGGGAACGGUUAUGUGCACAAUAUGGAAGCUCUAGGUAACAAGCAUUCCAAGGAGUUGCUGAAAGCUGUAUUGAAGGGGCAUUCGCCUGAUUUGGAGAGGAGCUCAACGUCAAUCAUGAAUAAAUGUGAUGGCCACCCCCAUGCUCUUCUUACCUUGGCAAAUUAUUUGCAGAGUGAAGAUAGGAUCACCAAAUCAGUCUGUGAGAAACUCUGCAGCAACCUAGGCUUUCGUAUGGCAACGGACGAUGCCUUCGUGGACCUGCAAAAGGUUCUUAUGAGUACCUACAGAUGCCUGCCAAAAGGUUUUCUCAAUCUCAAGACCUGCUUACUCUAUGUUUGUGUGUUCCCAAAUGGUUGUCACAUCAGCAGGAGCAGAUUGAUAAGGCGAUGGUCGGCUGAAGGAUAUGUGAAGCAUGAUCAUUCACGCAGCACUCUAGUUGUUGCAGAAGAUAACUUCAAGAAACUAGUUGACCAGAGUACCAUUUGGCCAAUUGAUACAAGCAAGAAUGCAAAUGUGAAGACUUGCAGAGCUCAUAGCAUCUUCCACGAGUUCCUGCUGUACAUGUCCAUGUCUUCUAAGUUCAUUACAUCUUUCAACAACGAAGAGAGAAAAGACUACCGCCACCUCUUUAUUCAGAACACACCAAACAGCAAGUAUGGGGAUGAUGAAGAGAAAUCCCGUGCCCAUUCUCUGACGAUCUAUGGAAGUGCAGGUGAAGCUGCUGGGUAUUUUGCCAAGUGUCAGCUGCUGAGAGUCUUGGAUUUGGAAGAAUGCAAGGAUUUGGAGGACAAACAUCUUGAUGGAAUACACAAGCUAUGGUAUCUGAAAUACUUGAGUGUCGGGGACAAAAUAAGCAGACUGCCGAAGCAUAUUGAGAAAUUACAUUGCUUAGAGACCCUCGACAUGAGGAAGACAAAGGAAGUUAUCAUAUUACCCGUGGAAGUCAUCAAGCUGCCCCACCUAGCUCAUCUGUUGGGAAGGUUCAAGCUUGAUAAGAGGGACUGGGACAAAAGUGAACCACAAAAGUAUGUGCCUGAAAAAAGCAAUCUGCAAACGCUAGCAGGAUUUGUCACAGACAAUAACCCUGGGUUUUCAAACUUAAUGCUUUAUAUGAAGAUAUUGAAAAAGGUUAAGAUAUGCUGCAACUCGACAACUGAUGAGGGCCUUGAUGGCCUUUUGGUGGCUAUUGAAAACUUCGUGCAGGCUGACUUGGACACAGGUGUUUGUGUUCGUUCUCUGUCAUUAGAUAUUGGGAAAUUUUCAGUAAGGAUCUUGCGUUCUCUAGCAUAUGGUAACCUCAGGUCCCUGAAACUACAUGGAGAGCUGAGGGGACUGGUUCAGUUUACUACGGUGUUGUGGAGUCUCAGGGAGUUGUGCCUUUCGUCGACUAAUGAUCUGACGGAAAAAGACCUAUCAGACCUGCGCAAGCUCAGUGAUUUGGAGUCCCUCAGAUUGGAUGGAGUCAGUCUUGAAGGCUUCGUCAUCACAAGUGACGAUUUUCCAGGACUGCUACGCCUAUGCCUUGUUCAAUGUGCAAGCCUCCCCAAGAUUGACGAAGGAGCUUUGCCGAAUCUCCUCUCACUUCGGCUUCUCAAUCAUGGUUUAGAUGGGCUAUCUGGCAUCGAAAUCAAAUGGCACAAAAUUCUCCAGGAAAUUGCACUUGACUCUGAGGUUAAGCAGGAAACAAAAACUGAUUGGGAAGAUGCAGCUAAGAAGCAUCCAAAGAGACCAAGAGUUUUGUAUCUGAAAAGUGUUGAUCUGAAUGGCACGGGGUCUAUGGUGAAAUAUGUUGCCACGGAGAGAACAGUACCUGAGACUGGCUCCUCCACCAUGCGAGGGAAACGUUCGAUCUCAAGGGUCGAAUCAAAUUCAGUUGACAAACCCAGUUCUUCUGAUUCGAAGCAUGUAAAACGAGAAGACGACAAUUCUUUGAAAGAAGCAAUAGUUGCAAACCCCUCUCCAGCGUCCACCGAGCUCUGCAGUGCUGCGAUGGAGAUGGACAUUGACAUGCCACCUUCUUCAAGGGUGGUGUCCUGA